ACCAUCACCAUCCACUCUCCACCCCCUCCCUCCCUCCCUCCAUCCUCUUCCAUCGCCAUCAGCAGCGCGUUUAUUGGACGGCCACUGUCGUCUAAUGAACCUGCAGUCUCGUUCUUCACCACCCCUACCCUCAUAUCCUUCUCCAUUGAAGGACUCCUCUGUCAAGUAGCUUGAUGCCUUACGUCAAGCCAACGGUCCAUAUCACGCGACUUGCAGGCAACGCCUUCAAAGCACUCUCCCACGGCUACGCGCAAACCGUCGUCGCCGCAUCUCAGACCAGCUAUGCUGCUCAGAAUACCUCAGCAGUCCCGCUCGCGGACCACUUGAUCGGUCGCGUAUUCAAAAAUGAGAAGAGCAAGAAACAGACAUAUGGAGUGCGCCAUGCUAGCACAGCUGCGGCAGCGCAAGGAAAGGCAGAGGCCAGUCAUGAUUCAGGCCUAGACAAAUACUAUGAGGCAUACAGAGAUGCCCAGCGCAAUGGCGCAAAGAAGGACUGGCAGCAGUAUCAGUUUGCACGCACGAUAGAGUGGAAGCCGCCGGCGGAAGCUCUGCUGCAUGGCAAGGUGCAAGAGGUUGCAGACAUUGAGGAUACUACUGAGCAGGCAGAUUUUGUAGCGCCGACCUUGCGGCGCUCUUACACCACCAGUGCCCUAGACAACUUUUCCAAGGCUCUUCUCAACGAUGAGGCGGCAGAGGCAGCAGCUCUUGCGCUCGUCAAUGACAAAAUUGCGGAGGAAAUUGCCAAGUCGAAGGAGGAUUCCGAUGCUGAUGGACUCACGAUUGGAGCGAAGUCACCCUCAGUUGCCUCGCUGGACGCACGGGAUUCCGAACCACGCUCGACCAGCCCUGCAUCCGUCUUCACAUCUACCGAGGGCUUCUCCAGCGCCGAGUCAAUCGAAAGCGACACCUUUACGGAGCAGCUUCUGGAGUUGGUCGAGAGAAAGAGGUUUCUCGAUGUUCCCGUGGUUUUCCAGGGCAUGCUGCAUGCUGGCGUGCAGAAACCAUCACAGGCUGCAUAUCGAGCAUUGCUCAGUGCUGCCAUCGAAGUCACACAUGAGAAGCACUUGAAGACGCCCAGGGCGUUAGAAGUGUAUUCUGAUAUGCUGAAGAGAAAGGUCGUUCCUGACGCUGAUACUUAUGGCAUGCUCAUCGCACUGCUGUCAACCCGAGCACUGGAGGCUGUGGCAUCGAGGCAGGCCUUGGAGCAACGUUUGACUCGGUAUGGAGGUCUGGAAGCUCCAGGCACAUUCAUGUUCGGGUCGAGCCAAUCUGAGUACUCGAUGCUGCUCGAGGACAGCUCGUUAUCGAUUGCCCUGAAGAUGUUUGAACGUGCCCGUGAGACUACCAGCGCUCUGCCGAGUGAGGCAUGCGCCGCAUUGAUUAUUGCCAGCGCCGAGCAGGGCCGCGUGGAAGAGAUGACGCGGGUCUACGAGUAUAUGGAAUCCAAGUCAUUGCAGCCCCAGUCGACCAUUUACGCCCCCAUGAUUACUGCAUUCGGUGAUCUUCGCGACCUUCGUAACGCAGUCAGGGUUUACGAUGAGUACAAGGCUUUAGCCAUCAAGAACAAUGAGGGCGAGAACGCUAUUGCUCGCCUGGAUAACCAGGUCUACGCAGCCGUCAUCAAGGCUUACGGGACUGCCGAUCGGCUCAAGGGCGGGUUGAAAUUUCUAUCAAGCAUUCAAGCAGCGACAACCAACGCCACGGAGGUCGAGAAGCUGCGUGAAGUUGUUGCUCUCGAUGCUCUGCUGCCGCUCGCACUGAAGGACACUACCUUUCGCAAUGCCUUCGACCUUACCGCAUCUUUGACCGGGCACGCUUUCAUUGCUGCCCUUGCAAAGAUUGCUACAUUUGCAGCCGACAAGAACCUGCCAGAGGUCUGUAGCCAAGCGUUCGAUACCCUUGCUCAGCGCUCUCAAGACCUGGUGGAGCCCAGUAUGGCAAUGCUGGCGAUGCAUGUGCGUAAUGCAAAUGUUGAGGCUGCUGAACCUUUCUGGCGUGUUCUAGAAGCUGCGCCAGUCAACCUCUCAUUCAUUGAGCCUACCACGAUGCGUGCUGUAGCACUAAUCGGUGUUGGCCAGGCCGAGCGUGCUUUGAGACAGAGCCGUCGCAUGUUCUCUCGAAUUCGCGAGGCCACCACCGAGAGCCAACAAGCUGAUGUCGCACAGUCUAUCGACGAAGCGGUUGAGCUGAUUGGAAGCUUCUCUCUCAAGCAGCCAAUGCUUCUGCCUGCGACUAGCAUUGAGGUUCUCCGGAUGAUGAUGGAGAACGGCAGCCUUGUCGCUCCCAUCGCGGAUCACUUGGUGGCACGCUUUGGUCCAGAGCACAUUGCACGCCUCAACCAGCCCGACCUUGAGUUCCUCAUCCGCAUUCAAAGCAGAAUGAUCCUGGAGGAGCACUCUGCAGAUAUCGCCAGCCCAGCUCGCUUUGGCUGCCUCCUCGAGAACAUUAUAUCUCAUGCCAUCAUGCCAUCUGCAGAGACCGAAACCCUGAUCGAGAAGACCCUCAUCAACAUCGAUCGGGCUGAGCUGUCCAGGCUCUGGAACAAUUACCGCUAUCCGACUACUCCUGCUUUCCCGACUGCACCAUUCCCAUCAGUGGUGACAUUACAGCCGCCGGUCACAUCCUUCGAGGAUACCUACGAUCCUUAUGCUGGCCGCACUGACGUCAAGGGCUCUAAUGUGAUUAACGACAUGCUCGAGCGCCCGCACGGUCGUCGCAUGAUCGAGGCUAUGAACAGAUUCCGCAAUAUGCGUCGGGUCGGUCGUGUCCCACGUAUGUUCACAUACGGCAAGCUCAUUGAAUCCGCUGCGAAGGAGAACAACCUCAACCUAGCCAGCGACAUUCUGGAGAUGGCUAAGCAGGAUGUGCCUUUUGAUGCUCGGUACCGCGUCGUGCGCUUCGGCUGGCAGCAGAUCUUGGACAACAUGGUCGCUGCUUGUCUCAACGUUGGCCGUCGGGAUCUUGCUGGCCGCUACCACCAGGAUAUGAUUGACAUGGGCUUCGCACCUUCUGCCAACACUUUCGGACUGUACAUCACCACGCUCAAGGAGAACACCAAGACAUUCGAUGAGGCCAGCGAGGCUGUCAAGAUUUUCCUUCGUGCCAAGUCCGAAGGUGUCGAGCCAUCAUCGUUCUUGUACAAUGCGCUCAUCGGCAAGUUGGGCAAGGCUCGCCGCAUUGAUGAUUGCUUGUUCUACUUUGCAGAGAUGCGCAACCUAGGAGUCCGACCAACUUCGGUGACUUACGGCACUGUUGUCAAUGCCUUGUGCCGUGUCUCCGACGAAAAGUUUGCAGAAGAGAUUUUCGAGGAAAUGGAGGCUUGUGCCAACUACAAGCCACGCCCCGCCCCGUAUCACUCCAUGAUACAAUUCUUCCUGACCACAAAGCGAGAUCGCAGCAAGGUGUUGUCAUAUUACGAGCGUAUGCGCAGCAGAGGCAUUCAGCCCACUGUGCACACUUACAAGCUUCUCAUUGACACCCAUGCCACCCUUGAGCCGAUCAACAUGCCAGCCGCUGAAGCUCUUCUCGAAGAAAUGCGUACGAACGGUGUUCAGCCCGAAGGUGUACACUAUGCUUCGCUCAUCCACGCUAAAGGCUGUGUGCUUCACGACAUGGAGGCUGCCCGAUCUCUGUUCGAUUCGGUCAUUGCCGAGGGCAAGGUGCAGCCAAUGCCCAACAUGUACCAGGCACUCUUUGAAUCUUUGAACGCCAACCACCGUUCGGCAGAGUGUGAGACUCUUCUCCAGGAUAUGGCUCGGCGUGGGGUCGACUUCACCCCGUACAUUGCGAACGCUUUGAUCCAUGGCUGGACCUUGGAGAAGAACAUUGUCAAGGCGAAAUCAGCAUUCGAUCGUAUCCCAAUAUCUCGACGAGAGCCUUCCACGUACGAGGCAAUGGUACGCGCUUACCUUGCCGUGGAGGACCGCGAUGCUGCGAAGGUUGUCGUUCGCGAAGCACUUUCACGAGGCUAUCCGACUGCUGUAGCGGGCAAGAUUGCCGAGCUCGUGCGGUAAGCACCUGUCCGCAUUUUCCUGCUCGACUAUUUUCCUUUGUCGCUGCUUAACAUGGAAGUCGAAGCAAUAACAAGCUGGUGUAACGACGAUUUGAUACAUGUGACGAGUGUUUAGCGUUGGAGUUUGGGCGCAUAGUACCUAGAUUAUCGCCCUCCUAUAUUCUGGAGUGAGGCGCGCUGUUGCCACUUUCUUUUCCAGGCACGCGAGGAAGGUUGAUUGCUGAAUUGGAAGGCUCGGAAGCUGUACAAUAUAGAUACCCCACAUACUCUCUGCUCUGCUGGCACGAUCUGUCACCUCUAAUCUAGAUGAAUCUUGAUGGGGAUGGGAGGUACAGGUAGUGACAGAGUUUCCUCAAUACAAAAAGAAAUUAAUAGCAUGU